AUGGACGAGGCCCUUUCUUUGCUCCGACAGCUGUCACUGAAUCUGCAAGCACUGACCUUGGAGGUGCAAAGGCAAGGCCAGGUGUUGAACAGGUUGCAGGGAUUGGUGGAAGAUCUGCGGGUGCAAUCUGAGUUUGAGUUUGUGCCUGGCACUCCUCAGCAGCCCCAGCUUGCCACUCCUCCUCCACUCCCUUCCCGGCGUGUCGAGCAAUCUGCGUCUGCACAGUACCCUGUCGGGGCCUCGCCUGCUCCUAGUGCACCAGUGGCCUCGCCUGCUGCUGGUUCUUCUCCUGGACCGAGAGGUCAGCUAUCGGAGGAGGCGCGCCGCGACCUCGCCCGCUCCAUUUUGGCUUUCUUCCGGCGGUGCUUAGACGGAGAAUCGCGAGGGCCUUCGGGUCGGGAUCAGAACCCGCUCCCUUCGCGUUGCUACGUGGUUGUCACUGACUACGACGGCCGCACCUUUGAUCCUCCUCUGCUCUUUGAUCAGUUCGGGCCCGUGAAGGAUCUUUGCAAGCGAGGGGCCAGCAGCAGGCCUUUCCUUGCCCGUCCGCGCCAGCAAUGUCGGCCAGCAGUGAAGGUUCCGCUGAAGCGUGUGGCUGUGAUUCUGGUCACUGAGUUUGAAGGCCGAGUCGUGGUGGCCUUCCCCCAGAAGGUGGCUGUCUGCGCAUCAGUCGAAGCCCGGGAUCAGCAAAGAGCUGGGAACAUGAAGAUCUGGGUGGGCCUGCUUUCCAAGGCCGUGGCCGAUCAGGCACUCGCGCGUGUCGCAAAUGAGCACUUUGCUUUUUGGAGCCCCGCAGAAGGAGGUGACGAGAGGUUAGCUGCCUUGGAGAAGUCAAUGAAAGAGCUCACCUCCCUGGUGCAGAGCUUGGUGCCUCAGGCUCCGUCGCGGGCUGCGCCCGGCCGGCCUAAGCCAAAGCCAGCCGCGGCUCCACGAAAGGCUGUUGACGAUGCACCGGGCUCGGUACCCGGAACUCCUCUUCCUCGCGGGACCGCUCGGGGCCUAGCUGGCUUUGAUCCUGCAGUGGUUUCGGCUGCUAAGCAGAGCGGGCUUGAAGAGGGCGAUUUGCGGGAGAUUAGCCUGCUGCUGGGCGGUGCGCGAGGUACGCUGAGAGACUUCCCACCUGGGGCGGGCGCAGCCGUUACUCCCCAGGGCAGCGCAGCCAGCCUUGCUGGCGAGGUCGAAGCUGAAGCUCAGGAGCUCGCCGAGGACGCGGGCUCCCCUGUUGCUACGGCGUUGGUCACCCUGACCCAGAUCGUCAAAGAACUCUCUGCUGUAUCUCGCCGGGCUGUCGUCUUUCGAGUUGCUUCAGCCGGGCCUUUGCAAUCCUCCUGGCCUUUCUUCUUUCUCCGAGGAGCGUUUACCGUCAGCUCUAGCCUAGCCGAGCAAGCGCUACACGGCAGAGCCUUCUUGGUAGAUUCUGAGGUUGCUUCAGCUUGGCCUUGGCAAUCCUUCUGGCCUUUCUUCUCGCCCCGAGGGUAUCCUGUGCAUCAGUCCGUAAGUCGACUUCCGUGCGCUCCAGGUCCCUUAGGUGUGCAGCUUGCAGGUGGACUUCGGACAUCUUUGUCGGUGUGCCGCCUUGCCUCGUGCUGUGGCGCCAGCGCUCGUGGUGACUGUUGGUGCAAGCUGCCAAGUCUCAGCCUUUCCGGUGCCGAAGCUUACAAGGCCUUUUCCUCCUACUGCUUCAGGGCUGUGGUUUGUCGCCCGGCUUCACAGCAGACUUUCCUUCAAGGCCGAAGCCCGUGUAUUGGUUUGCUUGGCGCGGGGCGGAGCGCGUUCCGUCUCUGGGCCUUGGGGCCCCCUUUCUCAACAGGCGUCUUCUUCGCCUCUUUGGACCCAGCGCUUUUGCUGGCUGGUUUCUCCCGGUUUUCGGUUUGGUGCCCGAUGCCUCCGAAGCCUGCUCCUCUCAUGCCCGGCGCCGCUGCAAGCACAGUUGCCGCCUCCGAGGUGUGGACUUUACUGCGAGCUCGCUUGGACUCGGACCCCGAGCUUUCUCUUUUCCUCUCUGGCAAGACUCUUAGCAACCGCCGUGUGGAGUUUCCUUUUUCGUUCUGCGACAGUUGGUCCUCCUUCAGCAGUCAGCAGCCUCCUUCGGCUGCAUCAGACCUUGAAGCAGGAGCUUUGAUUUCACUGGCGUUGGAGCAUUUAGCAUCCAAGCCUCUGCGCAGGCUUGCCCGUGGGCCUCUCGCCUCCCCUUUCUCUGCACGGGGACAGAAGGCCGCAGCACCAGCUAUCUCGCGAGGCUGGGCCAGGCUCAUGCAGUGCGUCCGCCGAUGGAAUUGCUACGGUGAUGUUAGUGCAGAGAAGAUGGGCCGAGCUGCCGGCAAGUUUGAGAAAGUGGGCGAGCAAUUGGGGGAGCUCGAAGCCGCGGCGCUGCGGCAAGGGCCCGACAUCUCUGUGGAGCGUAAGCUGCCGAGCCUAGCCAUGGCAAAAGACGUGGAGGUUUCGAGGCUCUCCUUCCCUCCACCUCCUUCAUUCGACCCAUCAUGCUACUUCGAUCACCAGCUGCGUCGCCUCUACCUACAGCCCGAAGCCUUUGCCCUCAACCCGGACGAGGUCCCGGGCGACCCACCUAGAGUGAAGGUUCGCACAAAGGAUAAGCAAGCGAGGCUUGACCUUCUGGCUGCACUAGACGCACAUGGCAUGCUGGCGAUGUUUCCGGGCGAAGUUCUUAAUGAGCGGACUGCGGCCGGCGUGUUCGCUAUACCCAAAAAUCUCGAAAGGGACCGUCUUAUAUUAGACGGUCGCCCGCAAAAUCGCCUGAUGCCCCUCGACAGCCGUUGGUUGUGUACGCUGCGGUCCCACACUUGCUUGCUUGACAUCGUCUUGGCGCCAGACGAACUUUUGCUUGCCAGCGGGGAGGCUGCCCAUGUCGGCUUGGUUCUUGCUUCGGGAGCGGUGCCUAUGCAGAGCUUGCUGACUUACCGAGGCCGAGUGCGAGCCGCGUAUGAGGAGGCCUGCCUCCCGCGGCAUGCUGGCAAGAGUUUCCUGACGGAGACCCAUGCCGAGGUUUGGGGUUCGCAGCUUGAUGGAGAGGAGGGCUGGGUUCGCCCAAACUGGAAUCGCCUGGUGCCCCUCGUUCAUAUCACUGUGGCCGCGAUGCGCCUUCCUCUGGUGUCGGUCUCUCUUCUGGAGAGCUUGUCGGGGUGCUGGGUUUCCGCCCUGUCAUACCGACGGAGGCUACUGUGUCUACUUUCUGAGGUGUGCUCGAGCGUGCGGGGCCUGGAGCGCACGAGCUUGCUGAGACCGAGUGUGGCUUUACGCGCAGAGCUGUUUUGCCUAGUUGCUUUGGCUCCCCUGGUGCAACCUGACCUUCGGGCGCAGCCUUCCACUACUUUGGUCGCCACCGACGCUUCCGACACUCUGGGCGCAGGACGCAGGAGCCUGCACGACUCUCACGGAGGCCUUAGCAGGCGAACUGCUGCGCCACACACUGACGAAAGGGCCGUGGAAUCGCCUGCUUCGCCCCUGGAAGCUCUUCUUUACUCCAAAGGCCUCCUCUCUCCUGAGGACUGCACCCCCGACCAGGAAACCUACCGCACCAGUGCACUUUGGACUUCGUUAAAUCGAGCUCUGCCUUUUCGACUUUUGGGCGUCUUUGAGCGACCGAUGUCCGAGCACAUCAAUGUCAAGGAGUUAGAGAGCUACCUGCUUGUCGAGGAGCGUCUCAGCUCUUCGGUCUGGGAAAACCAGAGGCCGAUUAGUUGUCUGGACAGCCAGGUGUGUCUGGGCUGCCUUAUCAAGGGCAGGUCCUCUUCGGUCUCGUUGAAUUUGCGGUUGCAGAGCUCCGUGCCCGGGCUCCUCUUGUUCGGGGCUCAGCCUUACUACGCCUUCGUUGCCUCAGAAGACAACUGCGCGGACGACCCCACGAGGCUUUGCACAGUGCGUCCUCCGAGUCUGGAUAAGCCUCUAUGGCUCCGUGAGGCCGAAGCAGGGCGGUUCGAGGCUCUCGACGGAUUCUUAACGGCUCACGGUCUAGACCCCCUCACUUUGCAAGGGCUGGCGGAUCUUUCAGAAUCUUUCGCCGCUCGGAGCUCUCCAGAUAGGGAGUGGGACCGCAGUGUCGCAGCUGCCGUCUCGCGGGAAGAGACCUCUAGAGCCUCUGCCCUCCAAGGUUCCCGUGUUUUCCCGCCUGCUGAGCCCUGCUCCCUCCUGCUAUCUGCCACAGCUCGGUUCGAGACGAGCCCAGUGACGACUCUGUUUGCAAGAGUAACAGCUUGUCAGUUUCUUUGGCCUGACGCCAAGCGGCAUCGGCAAGGAGAGUGGCCCGCCGGAAAGGGCUAUCUUUGCCUUUAUUCGGGUGAGCGAGGCACAGCUAAGGCCUUGUGCAGCAGAUAUGGGGCUUGGGCUCUCACAUUCGAUUGGAAGCAUGGACCGGGGCAGGAUCUCCCCGACCUCGCGCUGCAAGAGCUGCUCCUGCGUGCGGUAGCCUCGGGAGCCUUCUUCGGAGUUGGUCUCAGUGCCGCAGCCACCCCAGCUCUUCGCUCACAAGAGUUCCCAGAAGGCAAGCCUGGGCUCUCGGCAAACGCUCAAAGCAAGGUCCAGGCAGGCAACGCCAUAGGUGCCUUCGUAGCCCGGAUGCUGAACGUCGUCGUUCGUUUCAGGGUUCCUUUCUGGGUCGGGGGUCCCGAGGGAAGCUGGCUUUGGAAGUUCCCCUCCCUGCUGGCUGGACAAGAGGACCUCUGCAGAGGUUGUCGAGAGCACGUGGUGCUACGGGGCAGAUCGCGGAAGUCGGGGAAAAACUGGAUUCAUCUCGCAGAGUCUUUCCCAAAGCGACCCUGCAACCUCUUGGCAGAAGCUGUCUGGCUCUGCGCUUCUGAGUCUGGUAGCGGCGUCAGCAGUGCGGUCUUGGACACCGCGGACCGCAUCGGGGAGGCGUUGAAUCCUGGGCCUCCUUCGCGAAGGAAACCUAGAGAAGGCUCUUUGUUUGACGUCGAGCUGGUCGAGCCAGCCACAGCAAAACUUAGAGUAACGAUCUGGGAUGUUUUCAAGGGCUGGGUUGGCGAAAAGCUGAGCCAAUCUACCUUGGUUAAGCUUUUCCGCUGCCCUCCUCUUCUGGCCUUGGUGCUCAGAGACUACGGCGACGAGCUUUACAAGACAGGAUUUCCCUUGAAUCACUACCGUCAGCUCCUAGCUCAUGCGCAAAAAGUGUUUCCACUGGUGCGACCUCAUCUCGGUGUCGCCUGGGAUAUGGUGAGCCGGUGGGAGGAGCUUCAACCCGUUUGUCACCGAACUCCGAUGCCCGAGAUCUUGCUGAAAGCUUUGAUCGGGCUCGCAGUCUGCUUGGGAUGGUUCCGCUGGGCCGCCGCCACGGCUACCAUUUUUUAUGGGAUAGCAAGGCCGGGAGAAGUUCUUAAAGCUCGCCGCCGCGACUUACUGACUCCUGCUGACCUCUUGGACCCGCACCACAAGUGGGUCUACUUGAAGAUAGGGAAGCCCAAAAGUCGAAAGAGAGCAGCCAAGGUCCAGCAUGUGAAACUGGACGAUCCUCAAAUUGUUGCCUUUGUCAGCCUGAUCUGGGAAGAGCUGGAUCCGAACGAGCUCCUCUACCCGGGGAGCGCUGGCGUCUACAGGCGAAGAUGGGACAGGCUCCUGUCUCUUCUGGGGAUCCCAGGCUACCUGGGGCUGACACCAGGAUCUUUACGAGGCGGAGGCGCAGUGACUGCUUUCAACAAAGGCCUGGGUAUCAGUGACCUGCUUUGGAGGAUGAGGCUGCGAUCGGCUACGACCUUAGAGUACUACCUCCAGGAAACGGCGGCAGUUUCGGUUUUACCGAGGCUGCCAAAAAAGGUUAGAAAGCGGAUUGUCGCAGCAAGCUGUUUUGCAGAACAGCUAAAAGGGCCUUGA